AUGCAAGCAAAAAAGGUUGGUUCUUGUAGAGAGAAAGAGCUUGAAGAGAGAAUUGAACUUCUUGAGAAUCAGUUACGCGCAGAAGAUGAGCUGACAAACACCACUCUUAUGUCUCUAAAAAACAAGGAAAGUUCGUUACAGGAAGCUACUGCCACUAUCGAUAUGCUCACAGUGGAACUGGAACGGGAGAAGUCGGAAAAAGAAACUCUGAGAAAGGCUGUCGAAGUGUCUGAGUGUAACUCUCAUAACGACAAAAGAUUGACUGAGAACAUUGAAACACUUGAGAAGCGAUUACUAGAGAUGAGUGAUCUACGAGAAAAGACUCUUAUAUCUCUUAAAGAGAAAGAAUGGUCAUUGCAGGAGACUCAUGAUGAUAUCAAUGAGUUAACUCAACAGAUAGCACACAAAAAGUCGCACAAAAAGUUUUUCAAGAGGAAGGCUAAGGCUAAAACGGGUAAAGCUCAUCGAUUGAAUCUCAUUCAAAAAGGAACAAAAAGAUAUACACAGGAGAGGGGUUCGUUUAUAGCAGGCGUGGGAAAACGGCUGAAGAAUCUGGUACAAAGACCAAGAGGAGUGUCCGCAUCGAGCCUGGUAAUGAAAAAGAAGGAAGCCCAUGCAGAGUGUGUGUUAGACAAAUUGAGGGAAGAUUUGAAUGAAAGAGGAGAAGUCAUUCAAGACUUAAGGAGUAAUUUCAAAGACAGUGCUAAGGAAUUGUCGUCCAUGCGACGUCAGCUUGAAGAUAUUCAAUGCCAAAAUGCCGAGCUCAUACAGUGUCUUGGACACAAGGAGGAGGAUCUUCAAAAGACGCAAAGAUACUUAAAAGAAAAGGAAGCCAGCCUUGAUGUCACAAAUGAAACCCUGCGUUUGAAAUGCUCGCUUCUCAGGGCCAUGGAGGCCAAAUUAUGUCUGACGAAGAAAGAGAUUGAAGAAUUGACACAAGUCAACAAAAAGAAAGGCUUAGAGAUAACUCGCAUUGAGACAACCCUUACA